AUGGAAUGGCGAAAUUGUUUUAGAAGUCUUUUAUUCUCUAACCCCCUACCACGAAUACUAACAGGUACUAAUAAUGGAAAUCAUGGAGAAACUGUCGUCGUCGAUUAUAGCUCUCCAAAUAUUGCUAAACCGUUCCAUUUGGGUCAUUUUCGGGCUACGGUAACUGGAAAUUUUGUUCAGAAUAUCAAUGAAGCUUUUGGACAUAAAGUGAUUGGAAUAAAUUAUAUCGGAGACUGGGGCAGUCAGUUUGAUAUACUGACUUCAGCGUUUUCAAAGUAUGGAGAUGAGAUUGAAUUUCAGAGAAAUCCUACGGAACAUUUGUACAAAAUCUAUGUACAAGCCCAUCGUGAUGAGCAGUUGUUGCUUAGUGAAAGGCAGAUUGCUCAUGGGAUAAGCGAUGGAAGUGAAGUGACAUCGCUACAGUCAAUGGCAGGCAACCAAACGGAAGAACAAUCUCGUAACACAGACUUUUGGCAACGUGUUCGCAAAGUAACUUAUGAGGAGUUAAAAUCGAACUAUAAACGCAUGAAUAUUCACUUUACAUCUUUUGAGUAUGAGUCUGAUUAUGUGAAGAAAGCUCAUCUGGUCGUUGACAAAUUGUUGGCAAUGGGUUUGGCAUUCAAAAGUCGUGAUGGAUUGAUAUGCAUAUCAACGGAAAAAGCCGAUGACGUAAACUUUUCAAAACAAAAUAUUGUACUGUUGAAGAGUGAUAAUUCGACGUUAUACUUGACUAGGGAUAUCGCAGCUGCUAUUACUCGGUUUAAUGAAUAUCAAUUUGACAGAAUCCAUUAUGUGGUUGAAAUUGGCCAACGCUUACACUUUCAACAACUACAAUAUGUACUUACACAAAUGGGUUACAAUUGGCCUGUUUUGUCAGUGAAAAAUGAUAAUUUUGUUGACUAUGGUAGUCAGUCUGCACGUGAUCUUCUGCAUGUACCAUUUGGUCGUAUAUUGGGUAUGAGUAGUAGAAAAGGUGAAGGAUUAUUUCUAUCUAAUAUUCUAGAUAAUGCUCAACAAUUUAUGCUCAAUAGAAUGAAGUUAUCAAAGAAUACACGGGUGAUUCAAAACGAAUCUGCUGAUUGUGCGUCACUAAGCCAAGAAGACAUAGCUGAUCAUCUAGGUGUAACAUGCCUAGUAACGACAAUGUUUGGUAAUCCACGUCUAAGACCGAUCAAACUGAAUACAUUUCUUGGUUUACCAGUUACAACAGCGAAUAUUCCCUUAUCGACAACGUCAUCAAAGGGUGGAGAAUUAUGUGGACUGACUUUGCAGUACUGUCAUGCAAGAUUAUGCAGCCUUGAAUCUCGUAUGAUUUCAGCUGGUUUACUUCCAUCAAGUGUUUGCACAGACCAAGGUGUAACUGCUUACGAUGUUGGUUGCCUCAUACAUGAAUAUGAUCAGCUAGUACAAUGGCCUCCAGAAACUGUGAAUGAACAAUGUUUUAUAACACUAGCCAAUGAGUUGUGCAGGUUUUCGUCGGUACUCCAGACUGCCUAUUCAAACUAUGAACCUCAUUGUAUACUUCAGUAUGCUUUGGAACUUGCUUCUGCUGUAAAUUGCUCUUGGAAACGUUUACCAGUUCUGACAUGUUCAAGAAAAGAGGAUCAAAUGCGUAUUUAGACAAAUAUGGACAUGAAUAUGGUUGUGAAAAUUUUAGAGAUAACACAAAGAUUGCAAAAGAAUUCUGUUGAGCCUGCCAUCAUUCAGUAAUCAGUAGAUAUUGAAACACAGAUCCAACCCAUCAACUAAUAAGUAGGAUAAUGAACAACUAUAAAGCGAGAGGUCGAACAGAGAAAUGGCUAAUAGGAAAUCCUAUGUAGUCAUUGAUACAACAAACAAAGAAGACUACCAGUCAGUUUGUCAGGAAAAACUACUAAAAUCAUUCAUAAGAAAGUUCCAAUAGCUUACUUCAUACUGAAGUUAGUACUGAUGAUAUUGCCUAGAAAGAUAAUGAAGGCUUCACGAUUAAACUAUUCAACUCAGAGAACGGAACAGAACUAAAAUCAUCCACCUGAAUUAAACGUACUUUUCAUCAUUUCAAAACGCAAUAAUUUUGAUCUAAUCUCCUGCAUAUCUACAGAAAUACCUCAUUGAAAAGUAACUUUCCAAUAAGCAAUGGACAUGGGAUAUUAUUUGUAGAGUGAAAUAAGUCGAAUAAGUGAUAAACGAUACCUAUCA